AUGUCCUCAAGAAAAUACAUACAAAACCUAACAAGUUUUUUUUUUCCUUUUUGCAGGCAGUUGCAUGGUUCAGGUUUGGAUGGUCCAGUACCCUCUAGUAUCUCAACCUUAACCAGCUUAACCGAUCUGAGGAUUAGUGAUUUAGGAGGCAAACCGUCUCCUUUCCCUCCAUUGAAUAACUUGGCCUCUAUCAAGACACUGAUAUUGAGAAAAUGCAAUUUAAAUGGCCCAAUUCCAAAGUAUAUCGGGCAGCUGAAGAAGCUUAAAACACUUGACCUCAGCUUCAAUCUACUAACCGGUGAGAUUCCCUCAACGUUUGAAAAUAUGAAGAAAGCAGAUUUCAUUUAUUUGACAGGAAACAAGCUGACAGGAGCUAUUCCAAGCUACUUCGUUAAUAAAAACAAAAACGUUGAUGUUUCUUACAACAACUUUACCGAUGCAAGUUCAAUUACCGGGAGUAAAUGCAGCGAUGUUACCUCGAAUUGGGUGGAAAGCUUCUCCAUGGGGAAUAAAUCACGCAAGGAAUCAUCCUGUUACCUUCACCACAUCCCUUGUCGUCUUCCUAAGAGAGAUCAUAAGUAUAAGUUAUACAUAAACUGUGGAGGAAGUGAAGUUAAAGUGGACAAAGGAACGACAUACGAAGCUGACCAAAACUCCAAAGGUCCUUCAAUGUUCUUCGCUGUCAAUCACUGGGCGUAUAGCAGCACCGGGAACUUCAUGGACAACGAUGAUGAUGCUGAUGAUUACAUCGUACAGAACACAUCCAGAUUAUCAGUUAACGCUUCUUCCUCUCUCACCUCCGGGCUUUACAGGACGGCUCGAGUUUCUCCUUCCUCGUUAACUUACUAUGGACUAUGCCUUGGAAACGGUAACUACACUCUCCACCUCCACUUCGCUGAGAUCAUCUUUACCGAUGACAAGACACUUUACAGCCUCGGCAAACGCUUGUUCGAUAUCUAUGUUCAGGAUAAGUUAGUGAUUAAGAACUUCAAUAUCCAAGAAGCAGCUGGUGGAUCCGGUAAGCCGGUCAUAAAAUCGUUCCUGGUGAAUGUGACAGAGAACAAUGUGAAGAUUGGGUUGAGGUGGGCUGGGAAAGGGACAACAGGCAUUCCCAUUAGAGGAGUUUAUGGUCCUAUGAUAUCAGCUAUAUCAGUGGAACCAAAUUUCAAACCUCCGGUGUAUCAUGACAAGAAAGAGAUCAUGCUAAAAGCAGGGAUACCUGUUGCAGCAGCACUUCUUUUAUUGCUCAUAUUUGGUAUAUUCUUGAAGAAAAGAAGUGACAAAAAUGCUAUUGACAAAGAGCUAAGGAAUUUAGAUCUACAAACUGGAAGUUUCACUCUACGGCAGAUAAAAGCCGCCACUGAUAAUUUUGAUGCAACCUUGAAGAUCGGUGAAGGUGGAUUUGGCUCUGUUUACAAGGGUGUAUUGUCUGAAGGAAAACUGAUUGCAGUCAAACAAUUAUCUGCAAAAUCAAGGCAGGGAAACCGCGAGUUUGUGAACGAAGUAGGAAUGAUCUCAGCUCUACAACAUCCGAAUCUUGUGAAGCUAUACGGUUGUUGUGUUGAAGGAAACCAGUUGAUAUUGGUGUAUGAGUAUUUGGAGAACAACUGUCUAUCACGUGCUCUCUUUGGAAAGGAAGUGAGUGCUAGACUGAAACUAGACUGGUCAACGAGGAAGAAGAUUUGUUUGGGGAUAGCUAAAGGACUUACGUUUCUCCACGAAGAGUCUAGGAUAAAGAUUGUACACAGAGAUAUUAAGGCGAGCAACGUGUUGCUCGAUAAAGAUCUCAACGCCAAGAUCUCUGAUUUUGGUUUGGCAAAGCUGAACGAUGAUGGAAACACUCACAUCAGCACUCGUAUUGCAGGAACUGUAGGUUAUAUGGCUCCAGAAUACGCCAUGCGUGGCUACUUGACUGAGAAAGCAGAUGUUUAUAGCUUUGGCGUCGUUGCACUCGAGAUCGUAAGUGGAAAGAGUAACACAAACUUUAGGCCAAGCGAGGACUUCGUUUACCUUCUUGAUUGGGCAUACGUUUUGCAAGAGAAGGGAUGCUUGCUAGAGAUGGUUGAUCCGACGUUAGCCUCCGAUUACUCAGAAGAAGAAGCCAUGCUGAUGUUGAACGUGGCGUUGAUGUGCACCAACGCGUCACCGACGCUAAGGCCUACGAUGUCCCAAGUGGUGAGUCUGUUGGAGGGAAAGACAGAGAUGCAAGAGUUGCUGUCGGAUCCUAGCUUCUCGACGGUUAACCCGAAGCUCAAAGCAUUGAGGAACCAUUUUUGGCAGAACGAGUUUAGCAGAACGCUUAGCUUCUCUACUACAAGCGGGCCUAAUACUGCCUCUGUCAAGUCACAACUUGAUGCUGAGGAAAAGACUGGACUUUUGGAUUAAUUAAACUUCUUAUUACGUUCCAAUUUAUAAGUGAGAGAUUCUUAGGAGUUGUGAAGCUUUUAUUCUCUGUGUCUUUAAGUGUAUAUAUAAUCAAUAAAUUAUAUCUCCAAACUGUAAGAUGAAAAUUAGAUAAAGAUAAAAAUCCUUAAAAUA